AUGUGGAUGCGCCUGACCCAACACUACCUCCGUGUCCCCGAAGGACACACAUUCGGCCAUGGCGACAAGAUGCAUCUGCCAGCCUUCAUCACUGCACAUGGGAAGGCAGACAAGCGGAAGAUGAAGGUGGAAGGGGUCGAUAGUGAGGGGACCCCAGCCUCUCAUGUGUUCGAGCUCCACGAGCGAGAUUUUCCCGAUCAAGACACGGACGGGGACGCAACAGCAUGCUACGAGCUGUCCACCAAGUUUGUGCGGGCGGUUGUCCAGCAGCUGGAGAAGCGCUUGCGAGACUUGUCUCACCUCGAUGGCUCGAAGCUCUUCUUGUCAUCGAAGUACCUGACUGACGAUGACAAGCGUGUCGCGGCGUUCAAGCGCUGGCUGAAGCAGCUCCAUGUGCUCUUCCGCGAGACCCUGCCCGGCUUCAACUACACGCAGGCUGUCACUGAGCUCUGGAUGUUUACAUCGACAAUGCAUUCCGAGCACCAUGAUGAAGAUUUCCAUCAGGCGCUCAGCAACACUAUGCGAGAUGGAUGA